UGUUACAAUGAGGUUAGCAUAGGGAAAAGGAGACGCUGAGAGAGCGCAGAAAACUAGCAAUUGAAAAAAGGAGCUUUCCACAGACAUAGAUCACAUGUGAAAAUGAAAUAAGCAUGAAACGCCUAAGAGCCUAACAUAGACUUCUGAAGGGAGACAAUCUCUUUUCUAUAGGGUGUCAGUGGAGUGACAAGCACCUCCGGCAAGAGCCUCACAUUCCACUUCUUCUAAGCUCCCUGGAACAGUGUUUUUCAGAACUUCAGAUUCAAUGGAAUCUCCAGUCCAGAUUUUUCGAGAAGAGGAGAUUGACCCAAAGAGAGCUGCAAUGGGUACUACUUGCUCCCCAGGCUGCAUACCUGUCUGUACCUCCAUCUGUUAUCCCAAUUCCAGCUUGCUGGUUGGCUGGGGUGACUAUGAGAAUGUCAGUAAUUACAUAGUGUCCCCAACACAUGAAAGCAACUAUACCACUAUUUCUCCUGCAAUAUCUGUUAUUAUUACAGCCGUCUACUCCAUGGUAUUUGUCGUUGGCUUGGUGGGAAAUGCUUUGGUUAUGUUUGUAAUAAUACGAUAUACCAAAAUGAAGACUGCGACCAACAUUUAUAUCUUUAAUCUGGCAUUGGCUGAUGCUCUGGUGACAACCACCAUGCCUUUCCAAAGCACUGAAUUUCUAAUGAACUCCUGGCCGUUUGGAGAUAUUUUGUGUAAAAUAGUUAUGUCUAUUGACUAUUAUAACAUGUUUACCAGUAUAUUCACUUUAACCAUGAUGAGUGUUGACCGAUACAUUGCGGUAUGUCAUCCUGUAAAGGCACUUGAUUUUCGUACACCUUUGAAAGCCAAAUUCAUCAAUGUGUGUAUCUGGAUGCUUUCAUCUUCUGUUGGGAUAUCUGCCAUCGUACUUGGAGGCACCAAAAUGAGUGAUGGUGUUAUAGAAUGUGCCCUUCAAUUUCCAGCUCCUUACUGGUACUGGGACACAGUGAUGAAAAUCUGCGUCUUUGUUUUUGCAUUCAUCAUUCCUGUACUUAUCAUAAUUAUAUGUUAUACCUUAAUGAUUCUGCGAUUAAAAAGUGUUCGGCUACUCUCUGGUUCUCGGGAAAAAGACAGAAACCUCCGCCGAAUAACAAGACUUGUGCUUGUUGUUGUAGCUGUAUUUAUCAUAUGCUGGACCCCAAUUCACAUUUUUGUGUUGGUUGAAACCCUUGUCGAUGUACCACAAGGCAUUGCUGUAAGCUCAAUCUAUUAUUUCUGCAUUGCUUUGGGCUACACAAAUAGCAGUUUAAAUCCAAUCUUAUAUGCUUUCCUGGAUGAAAACUUCAAAAGGUGUUUCAAAGACUUUUGUUUUCCUUCAAGAUUAAGAUUGGAUAGGCAAGGAAAUAGCCGAGUUGGGAACACUGUCCAUGACCCAGCCUACACAAGGGACGGUGAGCGGACUACCAAGCCGGUAUGACUAGCAGUGGAGAUGACUUCCUACACACCUCAUGGAGGUGGUGGGGUAAAUGAACUGGGCCUUACUCAGAUAACAUCUGCAGUAUGAUUAUAUUUGAGAUUUCUCGAUAAAAGUUUUUAGUGGAUCUGUUCAAGAACUUUGCUGGGAACCCUAUGAACCCAUUGUCCUAUACACACAUCAGAAUUCGAGCAGUGUGUUAUAUUCACUGUAAUAUGAGUAAUGACUACACAUAUGAUCUUAUAGAUUUAUUUAAAUAUAUGUAUAUAGUUGGAAACUGUAUAUGAAUAAUUCCUUUUGUGUCUUUAAUUUAGCAAAAAUAAAAGUAAAAUAAUGUACUUCAAAGUAUUGUAAAAUCUGCAAUGUGGUAUUUGAUACUGGAGUGUUAUUGCACAUUGUUCUCUAUUUUUGUCUGUGAAAUGUACUCUAAACACUAUGCACAGUGUUAUGUUUGCUGCUUAACAAUACUUGAUUAUGUAUAUUGUAUAUACAUAGUAGUAUAUAAAUUGUAUUGUAAAUGUUUAUCUAUGGCAAAAUAAAGUUUACUUAUA